GUAGCAGCUGCUGGAGGUUUCCCUCCUUUAAAGCUGCCUGGUGCUCAGGCAACACUCUCUUGGAAAACUGCAGAGAUGGCAGCUGUUUGGAUGCUCGUCUGUGUGCUGACUGUUUGUCUGGCCAGAGAUCUGUCUCCCAAUGAGAUCUCCUUAAAGAAAGCCUUUCAACUUUUCCAGUCGAUGGAGUCCAUGUUGGAGCGAGACGCUGGCCAUGUUCAACUGGAGACCAACGAAGUGGAAGCUGAGGCGUCACGUCACCAGAAAGUGGUCCACGACUGGAUCAACGAGAUGGAUAACGUUUGCCACGACGGGAUGAAUGAGACGGAUAACGUUCGCCACGACGGGAUCAACGAGACGGAUAACGUUCGCCACGAUGGGAUCAACGAGACGGAUAACGUUCGCCACGACGGGUUCAACGAGACGGAUAACGUUCACCACGACGGGAUCAACGAGACGGAUAACGUUCGCCACGACGGGAUCAACGAGACGGAUAACGUUCGUCACGACGGGAUCAACGAGACGGAUAACGUUCGUCACGACGGGAUCAACGAGACGGAUAACGUUCGUCACGACGGGAUCAACGAGACGGAUAACGUUCGCCACGACUGGGUCAACGAGACGGAUAACGUUCAGCAAGACUGGGUCAACGAGACGGAUAACGUUCGCCACUACGGGAUCAACGAGACGGAUAACGUUCGCCACGACGGGAUCAAUGAGACGGAUAACACGGAUAACGUUCGCCACGACGGGAUCAACGAGACGAAUAACGUUCGCCACGACGGGAUCAACGAGACGGAUAACGUUCGCCACGACUGGGUCAACGAGACGGAUAACGUUGGAAACGACUUGGUCAACGGGACGGAUAACGUUCGCCACGACUUGGUCAACGGGACGGAUAACGUUCGCCACGACUUGGUCAACGGGACGGAAAACGUUCGCCACGACGGGAUCAACGGGACGGAUAACGUUCGCCACGACGGGGUCAACGGGACGGAUAACGACGGGAUCAACGGGACGGAUAACGUUCGCCACGACGGGAUCAACGGGACGGAUAGCGUUCGCCACGACUAG